UGUGAUUUCAGGUAUCGCGAUACUUUAACCUUGAUAAAUUCAUGACGUUGACUCGUUGAGCUUUUUGUACUCGUGUUUUAUUUGUUUAUCUGUCACUGAAAAGGUUUUGUUGACAAAUAGCCCAUGAAAAGCGUCGAAUCAACGCGUUGUUGAAACAUGUUGAACCCAACAGCACAAGAGGAUGGAGAAAACGGAUUCGAAUUAGUUGACAAACCAAAAGACGCAGUCAAUGAAGGUCCCACUCCUUUACCCGCCUGGAUAAAUCCUCCCACAAGUCUUCCAUUGAACUUGAUGGCUGGACCUCCUACUUUAGCCUUGCCUGUCGGGCAACUGUUUCCCACAACAAGCACCCCAACUGUCGCCAAUUCACAAUUUUUUACGCCUACAGGCUCAUCUGGACUUCAUCAACCACAAACUGGUUUGAAUCUUCCCAUUUUGCUUCCAAUUUCACCAAUCACAGAGAAUGAAACACAACAAAAUAUGGCAGCUAGUACAUCUGCUUUAGAAAUCUGUGUUCUGGAAAGCCCCACAGCUGCAAAUGUGAGGGAUAUCCUCGAUCCUCUCAAUGACCUUCCCAACAAAGGUUCUGGACUCUUUGGAUGGAUGAAAGAAGCUAUGCCAGGGAAAUCCAUUUUAGCCAAAGUGGCUGAAAAGGCUAGAAGUUCAGUAGAUACAAUGAUUACAACUUUAGAUCCCCAAAUGAAGGAAUUCAUAUAUUCCGGUGGUGAUAUCGAUAUUGCCGUCGCCUCUUCAAAAGAGCUAAAAGUUAGUUCAGUCCGAGAAGCUUUUCAAACAGUUUUUGGAAAGGCAACUGUCAAAGGUUAUGAAUCUCAAAGUGCUAGUGUGGCAGCACAACCAGUGGGAUUUGCCAGUGCGUUACAAGCUGCAAGAGAAAGGAUAACGAAUUUACGAACUGGUGGAUCAAUUCUUCCUCAGCAGCCCGUAGUAGCCGUUGAGGGAUUCGUUGUUGAACUCUUUACCGACAAUUGGUUCGAAAUGAAUUGUCUACUGUUAGAAGAUCCUGUACGUAACGUCUGCGUACAAGUGUUUUCACAGCCAUUAAUGGUCCCUGCAAACGCUAUUGCACGUAUGCGUAGUUGUACAACCGACUCAUACCCUUUACGUCAAUCUGGUUUCGCCGUUACUGUAGGACAAGCGGUUGCUGAAGAAUUUAAUGUAUCGGCCACAGAAUGGCAAGUGGCGUUAACCGGAAUCUCCCGUCGCGACAUUCUUCUAUUGGCGGCAAAGACUUUAGCCAGUAGUUACAAGUCUUACUAAUGAAAUUCCCUUAAAAUGUAGCGUUUUCAUUUUGGGGCAUCGGUGGUUUUCUGCGAAAUUGGUAUCCAUUUAAAUACUGUGUUAUCAUUCGUCACGCUUCUUUAUUGACCAUAUUAUAAUAUGGUCAUUUUUGUGGUGGGAUACUGUAACGUUUUUCGUAAUAGUUGUUGAAGAAAGGAAAGUUGCAUUUUAUCACAACUCUUCGAUCCUAUCGGCUAUCGUAUUCGGUCCUCACAUUUGAGACCCAAUCAAAUAAAGAAAAUAAGUAUUUGUACGAUUAAAUAAAAGAGAUUUAUACGAA